AUGGCUCCCAAGGUCCUCGUCGUUCUCACCAGCCAGUCCAAGAUGAACAAUGGACACCCGACCGGCUGGUACCUGCCUGAGUUCGCCCACCCCUACUAUGACCUCGUCAACAACGGCGUCGAGAUCACCGUCGCCUCACCCGCCGGCGGCGAAGCUCCCCUGGACCAGGCCUCCGUCGAGAUGUUCAAGAGCGACGAGGAGUCCGUAAAGUUCCUCAACGAGAAGAAGCAGCUCUGGGAGCAGACCACCCCCCUCAAGGAGUUCCUCGGCAAGGCCUCCGAGUUCGACGCCAUCUUCUACCCCGGCGGCCAUGGCCCUAUGUUCGACCUCGUCAACGACGAGACCUCCAUCAAGCUCAUCGAGGAGUUCUACAAGGCCGGCAAGCCCGUCGCCGCAGUCUGCCACGGCCCCAUCGUCUUUGUCAACGUCACUGUCGACGGUAAGCCUCUCCUCGAGGGCCGCGAGGCUACCGGUUUCAGCAACUCCGAGGAGGAGGCCGUCAAACUGACCAGCGCCAUGCCCGUUCUCCUCGAGGACGAGAUCAAGCGUGUUGGCGGCAAGUACGUCAAGGCCGACGACUGGGCCGAGAAGCUGGCUGUCGAUGGACAGGUCAUCACCGGACAGAACCCUGCGUCUGCCCACGCUGUUGGAAAGGCCAUCCUCAAGGCCAUUGGCGCUUAA